GCUGUCAGAGGGAGGCUCUAACCCAGCAGGCUGCAGAAAGGACCCACAGGCCAGUGAUCAGGGGCUCGGCUCAGCGCGAAGGCAGGACAAUGGCGGAUGAGGGUAUCUAUGAGAACAUGGAGAUGAUGGAAGCUGCUCCCCAGCCCAAAGGAAACCCUCCCAAGACAUCGGUCCCUUGGCGGCACAGGUCGCGGGGCAUCAUCGUCACUGCUGUCCUUCUCCUCCUGGGUCUGGCCCUGGCCACGUCCCUCCUUGCUGUGACACUUCUCUAUCUCCGGGCACAGAGCAAGCUGCAAGCGGUUGAGGAAGCGGUGGAGAAGCUCCAAGUCUCUCUGCAGCCUGACAACGCCUCAGACACGUCAGCAAAGGGAUCGGACAGUCUGCAGCUAUUGGAUGAAGCGCAGGCAGGAGUCCGGCUGCUAAAAGCCCAGCUGGGUAAUGUCAGUGCAGCGUAUGGAAAAAUCCAGAUACGGCUGGACAACGUCAGUGCAGCACGAGCCCCAGUGCAAGGUCGCUACAGUGACGUGCUGACAAAGCUCUCCAGGGGCUGGAGGUUUUACGGUGGGAACCUCUAUUACUUUUCAAAAGAAAAGAAGUCGUGGAAUGCAUCCGAGCGGUUCUGUGUGUCUCAGGACUCACACCUGACCUCUGUCUCCUCCCAGGCAGAACAAGAGUUUCUCUCCAGCGAUACCAAGGGACAAGAUCACUGGAUUGGACUCACCGACCUGGGGACAGAAGGCAGCUGGCGCUGGGUGGAUGGCACAGAAUACAGAGCAGACACAAGCAGGGGGCACAGGGCAGGUGCUACCCCUGGCCGUCAGAAGCCCUUCGUUACCAUGGCCACAAGAGCUGUGGAGAACUCUGAGGGGUGGCCGUGGGCUGGAUCGCUUCACCGCGUCAUUGCUGGGUGUCUUGGUCCCCUGCCAACAACAGAGUCCACAGAGCAGAACUGAGCUCAGG